AUGAACACCCGCGACGGGCGCUCUGAGACUUUUUUCAACCGCCACGAUCAGUACGCAAGCCGCAACAGUCAUUAUGAAAUCGCCCUCACGACUUUACAAAACAAUCAACCGCUAGCAUACAUCCUUAUUGCUCUCAUUUCGAUUCCUAUCCUUCUCGGUUACCUCGGACUCGUUCCCGUAUCGCUAUUCCAGCUUCCUUGGGAUCUCAUUGUCUAUUUUACGCCCUCUCGAAUCGUUAUCGCUUUGGACCCUCACAUAUCGACCUCCGACCCAGAGACGCUAGCUUCGUCGCCUUUGCCCUUGCAAGAUAAAAGUGACGCUAUGAAACGUAUUCUUGGCUUGGACAAUAACGUCUACUUCCCCUUCUUCUCCAGGUCAAAAUCACUCUCUAUCUUCGGAAAUGCGCUGCUGGGAGACACCAAGGAUCAUCAUACAGGGAUUGGCUUCUUUGAAAUAUCUCGCCGAGUUUCUGGGGCACAACGUGGACAACCUCUCGGGAAAGCUUCCGUCUCGACGCAUAGGGCACUACUAGACCUCAUCGACCGUCUGAAUAGCGCCUCCAAAAGUGGAACCAAGCUGUGGAUCUCUGGACCUUUCAAGUCUAUGAGUAGCUGGCAACAGCAAGAUGCGCAAGAAUAUUUUUCCAAAUUGCUUAGUCAAAUUGACCUUGAAGCCGAGCGGUGCUCACGCGGAGAGACUUUGAAUAUUGGAUUGAAGAUUGCAGGGCCCGAUGAGAACAUAUUUCGAGACAGCGACUGUGACGACCCGGUGGCGCCUUGGGAACCCGAAUCGCUCCCAUCGACAGAUAAGCUUUAUCUUGAUAGGGUUUCAUCUUGCAAUCCUCUCGAAGGCCUGCUCGCUCAACGAGUUGGCUGCAUGGAAUGCGGAUGGACUGAAGGGCUCUCGCUGAUACCUUUCAAUUGCCUCACUGUUCCUCUAGGCAAAAGAUCUUCGUAUGAUGUCCGCGAAUGUUUGGACCAAUACAUGGCACUUGAGCCUAUUGAAGGCGUGGAAUGCGCUAAGUGCACGCUGUUGCAUCGACAGGAGCAGCUUAUCAACUUGAUCAGUGGAUUUGAAGCGGACGAGAGUCGGCCAGAGAGCUCCGAUGAGCCUCAACCACUGGAUGCUGUGAAACUGUCAGCCCACUCGCGGUUAGAGGCUGUCAAGACAGCUUUGGACGGCAAUGAUUUCAGCGAAAACACAUUGGCAAACAAAUGCCAUAUCAACUCAAAGAACAGAAUCUCCACCACGAAAUCUAGACAAGCCGUCAUUGCGCGGGCUCCUCGCUGUCUCGCUAUCCAUAUCAACCGCAGUGUUUUCGACGAGUACACUGGGACGUUGGAGAAGAAUCUCGCGACAGUCACGUUUCCUCAAAUGAUUGAUUUGAACAAUUGGUGUCUUGGCACCCAGCCUCUCAGCAAAUGUGGCGACAACUCUGAGCAUUGGGAGACAAAUCCCUCUCGGUCCAUGCUUCCGCAACCUGGUGAAUCAAUUCAAGUCCCUAGCAGACAUUAUCAAUUACGCGCAAUCAUCACCCAUUACGGCCGGCAUGAGAAUGGACACUAUAUCUGCUAUCGCAAGUAUCCGACAUCGGAAUUCACAGCUCCCGCACCAGACGAAAUCCUUCAAGCCGAGGGUGAUAAGGACAAGCCCGAGCGGUGGUGGCGCCUCAGCGACGAUGACGUGCAGAUGGUUAGUGAAGGUCAUGUGAUGACCCAAGGAGGUGCUUUCAUGCUGUUUUACGAAGCUGUAGAUGAUUCUGUCUCACCGUGUUCGACUCGAUCUGCAACUCCAGAACAUGAUCUAUGCGAUAAAUAUGCAGAAUCUUGUCAGUUCGAGAGUGAGGAAUCAAUGGGCAACUCGGCCAUGCCAAAAGACAUCUCCACUCCGUCUACUGUCACCGACUUCGAAUCUGCCACUUCCCGUGAGACCAGUAUCUCGUUGCCGAUGGACGACAUGCUUCCUGCCGACCAGCCUUUGAAGACCUCAAAUGUGAUUGACACCGAUGCUGAACAGAAUGCUGAACUGGACUCACCCUCUACCGUCGUUGCAUGA